ACCCACAUCAUCUCUCUACCAUUGGAGUACACUUCCUUCUCUAUGUCUUGAGAGCCUAGCCUAGCCUAUUAAUGGACCCAUAACGCCCACUUUACUCAGCUUCCCAAACACUGCCUCUGCUCUCCCUCUUCUUCCUCAUUCCCUCUCCACCACCACCACAUUCCAAUUCCAUUCCGGCCACCAGAGAAGAGAAACCCAACAAAGAGCCACCACCACCCUUCAUCACUUCUCCUCCACCAAGGCACCAACCAGUCCGGGAGCCAUGAGCAAGGACUGCGGCAACCACGGCGACGACGACCUCCGCCGCUCGUGCCGGCGCCUGCUCGGCCUCCUCCUGGGCCUGGCCCUCAUCGUCGCCAUCAUCGCGCUCAUCGUCUACCUCGUCCUCCGCCCCACGCACCCGCGCUUCUUCCUGCAGGACGCCUCGCUCCGCCAGCUCGACCUCGCCAACGGCUCCUCCAACCUCCUCUCCACCACGCUCCAGGUCACCGUCGCCUCCCGCAACCCCAACGACCGCGUCGGCGUCUACUACGACCGCCUCGACGUCUACGCCUCCUACAAGUACCAGCAGAUCACCGUCGCCGCCUCGCUCCCGCCGGUCUACCAGGGCCACGGCGACGUCGACGUCUGGUCGCCCGUCCUCGCCGGCCCCAACGUCCCCUUCGCCCCCUACCUCGCCGACGCGCUCCAGCAGGACUGCCAGGCCGGCUACCUCAUCCUCCAGGUCAAGAUCGACGGCCGCGUCAGGUGGAAGGUCGGCAGCUGGAUCUCCGGCCACUACCACCUCUUCGUCACCUGCCCGGCCUUCCUCGUCACCAACGGCGGCAACGGCGCGCCGGGGGCCAGCGGAUUCAAGUUCCAGACCACCACCUCCUGCCGCGUCGAGGUCUAGCUAGCUACCGAGGCUUUGGUGCUGCCGCCGGCGACGGCGAGGUAGGUGCCCGUACGUCGUCUUGUGUCUGUCUGCCUGUCCAGGGUUAUAGCAGAAGGGGAAAAAACAGAGGCCACAGAAGCAGAGAGAUCUUGAUGCUCAGGGUCAUGGCGAUAGGCGAGGCGGAAAUAAUCGAUCAAUUCAUCAAUACCAGUGAACUGAAUCAAUCAGUGAUUCUGCUGCUGCGUAUAAAAAUGUAAAGGAUGAUGUUUCUUUUUUUCUUUCUUUCGUAGGGUUGAUUAAUAAUAAUAUAAUAGUAGUACGAUCGAUCGAUGGUCAUAUAUAUACUAUUUAUAUAUGCUGCCUUUUUUUCAUCUCGUUAGCUGGUUGGAAUUACUGUUGUUCAAGGAAGCUUAAUUGUCAAUAAACCUUUUUUGAUGCGAAAUUAAAGGGGUAGCCGUUUUCAUGA